AUGGACAAUGGGAAGAGCCCCAGCACCGUGACCAUGAGACGAGUGUGGAUCCGCGCGCUGCUUUUGAGCAUCACCUGCCGACUGAGCCUCUCGCAGGAGCUAGCAGGAAGUGCGAGUGAAGCCGAGCUCAACAACAACAUUACCAUAUUCACUCGCAUCCUGGACGGGCUGCUGGACGGCUACGACAACCGGCUUCGCCCCGGACUGGGAGAGAAAGUGACGGAGAUCAAGACCAACAUCUUUGUCACCAGUUUUGGUCCAGUCUCCGACACAGAAAUGGAGUACACCAUCGACGUGUUCUUCCGGCAGGAGUGGAAGGACGAGCGUCUGUGCUUCAAAGGUCCCAUGAAGCAGCUCGCUCUCAACAACCUUCUGGCCAGUAACAUCUGGACUCCGGACACUUUCUUUCUGAACGGGAAAAAGUCCAUCGCUCACAACAUGACAACUCCCAACAAACUGCUGCGGCUGAAGGAGGACGGAACCCUUCUCUACACGAUGAGGCUGACGAUCUCUGCGGAGUGCCCCAUGCAGCUGGAGGACUUCCCCAUGGACGCUCACGCCUGUCCGCUCAAGUUUGGGAGCUAUGCGUACCCGGUGUCGGAGGUGGUCUACAUUUGGACUGAGGGAGCAGCCAAGUCUGUGGUGGUGGCAGAAGAGGGGUCCCGGCUGAACCAGUACCACCUGAUCGGACAGACGGCCGGGACAGAGGACAUCUACACCAGCAGAGGUACAGGACGGAGGCACAGGUCUGGUCUAAUGUGA